AUGGAUGCCAACUCUCAAUCAAAUUCAACGUCAGAAACCUUUCAACUUCAUAAUUUUUCGAAGGAAUCGACGCCAGAUGGGAUACAAUCCACGCCAGGUUCAACUUAUAAUUUAAAACCGAAAAAUAAGACAAAAUCAAAGUCUAAGAGUAAAACGAAGCACAAAAAUGCCUCCAAUUGUAGUGUUAGAUCAAGCUCUAACCUGGCUAUUAGAGGUAAGUCUCCAAAAAAUUUACUUAGCGCCAGUAGUGAGGAAAAUGGUUUCAAGACGAGUAAAAAUGCUAGCAAACAUGGUACACCAAAACCUGAUUCUUCAAUAGCGUCGCCAUGGUCAGCCAUUGAUACUUUAGAUGACGUGAAAAUGAUGGCUGCAGAAAAUAAAUUUACUGAUGUCUUACCACCAAAGUUUGAAGUAGACCUUCAAUGUACGAGGGAGGCACAUGUUCAACUACUAAACGCAAUGAGAGACCGUAAAUCAAGAUUACAGAGGCCUAUAGACAAGGAGGGUGCAGAUGAAACCGUUUUGCCAAAAUUUUUUGAAACAAGAACAAGUACCACAGAAGAGCUCGAGCCUAUAUACGUCAGUGACUAUACUGAAACAAAAGAUAGUUUCAAAGAAAUAACAAAACAGGAGGAGGAAUACGUUCGUCUCAUGGAAGACACUAUAACAGGCGUCCAAAACCUAAGAUAG